GCGCCCCGGCCCCGGCCCCGGCCCCGGCCCGGCCCGGCCGCGGCUCCCUGCGCGCCGCAGGUCUGUCCAGGUGCUCUGAAGAGAUGACGGAUCCCUUCUGCAUUGGAGGAGGCCGUCGGCUCCAGGGGUCCAACAGGAGUGGACCCGGGAAGGAUGGUGGCCGGAAGGAAGUGCGACUUCCCAUGCUGCAUGACCCACCGAAGCUGGGGAUGCCAGUGGUCCGCAGUGGACAGACGGUGCCUGGCCAAGCCCCGCUCUGCUUUGACCCAGGAAGCCCAGCCAGCGACAAGAUGGAAGGGAAGAAAAAGGGGCGUCCAAAAGCUGAGAAUCAGGCUCUCCGAGACAUUCCUCUCUCCCUGAUGAACCAGUGGAAAGAUGAAUUCAAGGCACACUCGAGAGUGAAAUGUCCAAACUCGGGGUGCUGGCUGGAGUUCCCCAGCAUCUACGGGCUCAAGUACCAUUACCAGCGGUGCCAAGGGGGCGCCAUGUCAGGUAGGCUGGCCUUCCCCUGCCCUUUCUGUGAGGCCGCGUUCACCUCCAAGACCCAGCUGGAGAAACACCGGAUUUGGAACCACAUGGACCGACCCCUGCCUGCCCCCAAGCCUGGGCCAGUCAGCCGGCCGGUCACCAUCAGCCGGCCUGUUGGGGUCAGCAAGCCCAUUGGCGUGAGCAAGCCCGUCACCAUCGGCAAACCCGUGGGUGUCAGCAAACCCAUCGGCAUCAGCAAGCCUGUCACGGCCAGCAGGCCUGUGCCGGUCACCAAGCCCGUCACGGUCAGCAGGCCCAUCCCGGUCACCAAGUCCAUGCCAGUCACUAGGCCCGUGCCAGUCACCAAGCCCAUACCAGUCACCAAGUCCAUACCAGUCACCAAGUCUGUGCCGGUCACCAAACCCGUGCCGGUCACCAAGUCUGUGCCAGUCACCAAAUCCAUUCCGGUCACAAAACUUGUGACAGUUACGAAACCUGUGCCUGUCACCAAGCCAGUGACGGUCAGCAGGCCCAUUGUGGUCACCAAGCCAGUGACGGUCAGCAGGCCGAUCGCCAUCAGCAGACACACGCCACCUUGCAAGAUGGUGCUGCUGACCAAGUCUGAAAACAAAGCUCCUCGAACCACAGGGAGGAACAGCGGUAAGAAAAGGGCUGCGGACAGCCUGGACACCUGCCCCAUCCCACCCAAGCUGGCGAGGCCGGAGAACGGGGAGUAUGGCCCGUCCACCAUGGGCCCGAGCUCGGCCUUCCAGCUGAGCGCAGACCCCGGCGGCGGCUCCUCGCUGCUGGGCAGCAGGCCCCCGGGGGGCAAGGAGGCACUGCGGGCGGCAGGCCCCGUGUCCCUGCCGGAGGAGGACCCGGAGCGCACAAGGCACAGAAGGAAACAGAAAACACCCAAGAAGUUCACAGGGGAGCAGCCAUCGAUUUCAGGGACUUUUGGGCUCAAAGGCUUGGUCAAAGCCGAGGACAAGGCCCGAGUCCACCGCUCCAAGAAGCAGGAGGGGCUCAGCCCUGAGGACACGCGGAAGAAAAUUCCAGCCCCCGUCACUGUCAGCAAGGAGCCACCGGUCCCCGUGGCCCACCCAGCCCCAGGUGGCCCUGAGGAACAGUGGCAGCGGGCCAUCCACGAGCGAGGGGAGGCUGUGUGCCCCACCUGCAGCGUGGUCACCCGGAAGACCCUCGUGGGACUCAAGAAGCACAUGGAGGUGUGUCAGAAGCUGCAGGACGCACUGAAGUGCCAGCACUGCCAGAAGCAGUUCAAGUCCAAAGCCGGUCUCAACUACCACACCAUGGCGGAGCACAGCGCCAAGCCCUCCGACGCCGAGGCCUCCGAGGGGGGUGAGCAGGAGGAGCGUGAGCGGCUGCGCAAGGUGCUGAAGCAGAUGGGCCGGCUGCGCUGCCCCCAGCAGGGCUGCGGGGCCGCCUUCUCCAGCCUCAUGGGCUACCAGUACCACCAGCGGCGCUGCGGAAAGCCGCCCUGCGAGGCGGACGGCCCCUCCUUCCCCUGCGCCCACUGCGGCAAGACCUACCGCUCCAAGGCCGGCCACGACUACCACAUGCGCUCGGAGCACACGGCCCCGUCCCCCGAGGAGCCCACACACAAGCCCCCCGAGGCGGAGGAUCUGCUGGGCGUGGAGCGGACCCCCAGUGGCCGCAUCCGCCGCACGUCGGCCCAGGUGGCCGUGUUCCACCUGCAGGAGAUCGCAGAGGACGAGCUGGCCCGGGACUGGACCAAGCGGCGCAUGAAGGACGACCUCGUGCCCGAGACCGCGAGGCUCAACUACACGCGGCCGGGCCUCCCCACGCUGAACCCCCAGCUGCUGGAGGCGUGGAAGAGCGAGGUGAAGGAGAAGGGCCAUGUCAACUGCCCCAACGACUGCUGCGAAGCCAUCUACUCCAGCGUGUCUGGACUCAAGGCCCACCUCGCCAGCUGCAGCAAGGGGGACCACCUGGUGGGGAAGUACCGCUGCCUGCUGUGUCCAAAGGAGUUCAGCUCCGAGAGUGGCGUCAAAUACCACAUCCUCAAGACCCAUGCGGAGAACUGGUUCCGUACCUCAGCAGACCCACCUCCCAAGCACCGGAGCCAGGACUCGGUGGUGCCCAAGAAGGAAGAGAAGAAAAACCUGGCAGGCGGGAAGAAGCGGGGCCGCAAGCCCAAGGAGCGGCCCCCCGAGGAGCCAGUGCCCAAGCUGCCCCCCCGCCGGGACGACUGGCCCCUGGGAUGCAGAGACAAGGGGGCCCGGGGCGCUGCUGGCCGGAAGGGGGCAGCUGGCAAAACACCUGAAAAGUGAGCUUGGCGGGAGGGGGCCUGGCCCCUGCCCAGGCCCUGCCCAGCCGCCAUGCCCCACUCUGCCCAGGCCGGGGUAGCUGGCUCUGGGACCUGCUGUC